AUGGAUAUCAUCAGAGACGCGCCGGCGGGCCAAUUUCUCCGCUGGAUCACGAAGAAUAGGAUACUUCUAUACCCGGAGGAGAAGGAAGGUUUCGUGCUACCGAGGUUUGAGUCUGGUGCACCACUCAAGCGGGCUGUUCCAGAUGCCGAACAGUCCGGCUCCGACUCAGACGAGCCAGGGAAGCCUGCGCCUGACCAUGAGAAAGACGAUGCUCAGAAAAUGGAGCUUGCUGAAGGCUCAUCGACGCCACCAUCCAGGAGGACGGCUGAAGAAGACCCUUUGUCUCUAACGAUCUCGCGCCAGCGCAGCCUUCCAUGGACGCAGAAUCGUCUGUCAUUCGAUCAGCAGCUUAAACUGGAAAAGACAAAGAGUAAACCAAUAUCCUUCACAAAUUCUGCCGAUGGAACCAUUCUCGUGGACUGGUAUACCACUGACGACCCAGACAACCCGCAAAAUUGGUCCCAGGGAAAGAAGAUGUUUGUGCUGGUGCAGAUAUGCCUCUAUACCUUCGCCAUGUAUGGUGGCUCCAGUAUCUACGUCGUCAGCGAGGGGGGAGUGAUGGCGAGAUUCGGGGUCGGUCAAGCAGCAGCAGCACUCGGCCUGUCCGUGUAUGUCAUUGGAUAUGGGCUUGGACCGCUCCUCUUCGCACCACUCUGCGAGAUCCCAGCAAUCGGCAGAAAUGGAGUCUAUACACCUACUUUCACGCUCUUCAUCAUCUUGUGUGCGCCGACAGCAGUGGUCGACAACUUUGGUGGUUUGCUGGUACUUAGAUUCUUGCAGGGAUUUCUGAGCAGCCCUUGCCUUGCGAAUGGAGCUGCGUCCAUUGGGGAUAUGUUUCCCCUCCAAUUGCUCGCUCUUUAUCUGUCUUGUUGGACAGCAGCCUGCUUCUGGGGCCCAACGCUUGGCCCAGUUCUGGCUUCUUUCGCGGUCACUGCUGAAGGAUGGAGAUGGUCGCUAUGGGAGCUCCUCUGGCUCAGCGCACCAAUCUGGGCCGUCUACCUGAUUGCCUUCCCGGAGACGUCUGCACCGAACAUCCUGCGUCGACGAGCCCAACGCCUUCGAAAGCUCACUGACAGAACAGAUCUGCGCUCCCAGAGCGAGAUUGAUCAAGAACACAUGAACUACGUGGCAAUCUUCCGGGACGCGAUCAUCAAGCCCGUCGAGAUCAUGAUCAAAGAUACCGCCGUGGCCUACACCAACAUCUACAGCGCCCUCCUGUACGGCAUCUACUAUUCAUUCUUCGAGGCCUUUCCCCUCGUCUACAUCGCCAUCUAUGGCUUCAAUCUGGGCGAGCUAGGCCUGACGUUCAUCUCCAUCGGCGUGGCCACCGUGAUCGGACUCAUCAUCUACGUCGUCUACCUGGCACUGUACCUGGGUCCGGACAUUGCGAAGCGCGGUCUCCGAGCGCCAGAGCACCGUCUGGUCCCUGCGCUGUUCUCCGUAUGUUCGCUACCUGCGGGCCUGUUCAUGUUCGGCUGGACCUCCCGCCACGGCAUCCACUGGAUGGCGUCCCUCAUUGGCGUCAUCAUCGUCGUCAUUUCCAACUUCAUCACAUUCCAAUGCAUCUUCGUCUACCUCCCCAUGUCCUACCCUCAAUACACGGCCUCGCUGAUGGCGUCCAACGCGCUCUUCCGCUCGCUCUUCGCCGCCGGCUGCGUCGAGUUCUCCAGACCAAUGCUCAGAAACCUAGGCAUCGGACCCGGCAACAGUCUCCUCGCAGGCCUGGCCAUGGUCGGCGUGGUCGGCAUGUUUGCGCUGUGGAUGUUCGGCGCCAAAUUACGAGCAAAGAGCAGAUUCGCCGUCGUUGGCGGCAUCUGGGCGGAGAAGUCGAUCCCGACCACAACACAAACCCCGGAACCCGCAACCGGAAGAGCCGGGUGA